AAUACCGGCUGAUCGAAUACAACUUUGUUUUGGCUUUUGAUUGUGUAGAAACAGAUUAUUUCUGAAUCGUCAUUUUUCAUAAGAUAAAGUUUUUCGAUUAAACAUUUAAAAUGCCGCACCUGCGAAUCGAAACUAAUGUCUCCAAAGACGCCGUUCCCAAGGAAUUGCCACAAGAACUUUCGAAAUUGAUUGCAAAAUUGCUGGGCAAACCGGAAAGUUAUUGUUGCGUCACUAUCGUUCCCGAUCAAUUGAUGGUAUUCGGCGGUACCGAUGAACCGUGCGGUCAAGCCUGGCUCAUGUCCAUCGGUCAAUUGGGAAAGAAGGAAAACAUGGCCCAUUCGAAGGGAAUUUUCGAGAAACUUUCCAAAAGUCUUGGCAUACCACCGACUCGCAUGUACAUCACUUUUCAGGACGCAGAGGCCAUGAAUGUGGGCUAUAAUGGAACAACAUUUGCUGAAAUUUUCGGAAAAUAGAGAUUAGAAUGCGAGUAAUGAUCAAAAAUGUAUACGGCCUGUUGUAACUUCCGCACGCAAAUAAAUUAGGAUCGAACACUUUGA